GUGCUGUGCCUUUAAGAUUUAAGUAGCUGCGAUUCCUUAUAGCUAUCUUAAAAUUCCAGUGUGUUGUAGUUGCACUGAAAGUUUGAGUGGACCAUGAGUGUAAAUUAAACGCCGUAUUCCAGGGGGGACAUCGAGGUGGAGGCGAGGCAGAGUUGGCUAGCUACAGCAGACAGUAGAAACAGAAGAGGACGUCAGCCUCAGAAUCGUUUCCCUGGAACUCACUGCGUUUUCAUCGAAAUUGACAUGCUACAUUCGCUUUAUAUAUCAGUAUCAGCUAACCAAAUGAUUUUAUGUAGUAUGUAUUAAAAAAGAACACACUCAAGUCAUGUCGUUUGAAUUUCGAUCAUUGAUGUUCGGGAUUGUGAUAUUGCUAGUAAUAUUCUUAAUAAUUAGUGAUAUUUCUGAAGUGGAAGAAGAAAUUGGGAAACAUGGAGGCUCGAGGAAGUUCUACCCGCAAAGCUUCCUGCCGAAAUCAGAAAGGCCGGUCCCAUCGCUGCGACCUCCUCCCUCAAACCGGCACAGCGCAGAUGAGAUUGACACCAACAUUAUCAUCAGAGGUGACGAGGCAGAGGCGGAGGCGGACCGCACUCCGUUGACCAAACCGGGGCCCAUCAUCACCCCUUCCCCCGAGACCAGUUUGGCGACCCCCUCCUCUGAAUGGAGCUUCAACAGGACCCUCUCGAACUCCAUCAGGAAGAACAUCCUGAAGUUCUUGGACGCCGAGAGGGACAUAUCCAUGCUGAGGGGCUCGCUGAGGCCGGGGGAGGUCAUCCACUACAUCUUCGACCGGCAGUCCACGGUCAACGUGUCGGAGAGCCUGUACCGGCUGCUGCCGACCGUGUCGCCCAUGAAGGACCGGCACUACCAGCGCUGCGCCAUCGUGGGCAACUCCGGCAUCCUGCUCAACAGCAGCUGCGGCCGCCAGAUCGACUCCCACGAUUUCGUCAUCAGGUGUAACCUGGCCCCGGUGGAGGAGUAUGCGGCGGACGUGGGCCGGCGCACCAGCCUGGUGACCAUGAACCCGUCGGUGGUGGAGCGGGCGUUCCGGGACCUGUCGAGCGAGGCGUGGCGCGAGCGCUUCGUGCGGCGGCUGCGGGCCCUGGAGGGGAGCGUGCUCUGGAUCCCCGCCUUCAUGGCCAAGGGCGGCGAGGACCGCGUGGAGUGGGCCACCCGCCUCAUCCUCCGCCACGCGCUCAACGUGCGCACGGCCUUCCCCUCGCUGCGGCUGCUGCACGCCGUGCGCGGCUACUGGCUGACGAACAAGGUGCUAAUUAAGAGGCCGACGACGGGCCUUCUGAUGUACACCAUGGCAACGCGUUUCUGCGACGAGAUCCACCUGUACGGGUUCUGGCCCUUCCCCCAGGACCCGCAGGGGAACCCCAUGAAGUACCACUACUACGACACCCUGACCUAUGAAUACGACUCCCACAGCAGCCCCCACACCAUGCCCCUGGAGUUCAGCACGCUGAGGGACCUGCACAGCCAGGGGGCGCUGCGGCUCCACAUCGGGCGCUGCGGCGCCGACACGUAACCACGGCGACCGGGAGGGAUUCUGGGAAGGGGGCAGCCCGAAGGGGAAACGCACGCUACUCGCGGAGGCAGCUGAAGCACUGUGUCCUGAAAGUCCGGUGCCUGUGCGCUCGGAGUGGGCGGGGCUAUGGGGUUUUUAGCCCCGCCUAUGUUUUUUUUUUUUUUAAUGCCGUUUCGUUUGGAAAACUUGAAAAAAAGCAAUGUUUAAAAACUGCCUGUCGUGCUGUGCUACUUCCUAAGAGUCGCAAAGAUUACAUAUUGUGGAGUUGUUGGAGCUCCACAAGUUAUGGCAUUUCGUAAUUUAUAGUAAGGGGUAAGGCAUAAGGGGUAUUUAUGAACCAGUGUAGCUCUAGCUCUACAGUGGGGAAAAGGGUAUAAUGAGCCGGCCUGGUUCCAGCUCUACAGUGGGAAAGGGGUAUAAUGAACCGGCCUGGUUCCAGCUCUACGGUGGGAAAGGGGUAUAAUGAACCAGCCUGGUUCCAGCUCUACAGUUGGAAAGGGGUAUAAUGAACCAGCCUGGUUCCAGCUCUACAGUGGGAAAGGGGUAUAAUGAGCCAGCCUGGUUCAGCUUUACAGUGGGAAAGGGGUAUAAUGAACCAGCCUGGUUCCAGCUCUACAGUGGGAAAGGGGUAUAAUGAACCAGCCUGGUU